UCUGCGUGUCACCCGUGGAGCUGGCGCUACAAGAACAGCGCGAUUUCCCCCAUCCGAUUCUGCCGUCGUCCGACGCCGAAGCCCUACUUCGCCGACCGCCGUCCACCGUUAGCCUCUGCCUCCACUGCCCUAGGAAGCGGAGGUAGAGCGGUGACGCUUGUCGAAUACGCCCUCAUCGAUCCAUGGCUUUUGUAUCGUAGGGUUUAGAGAAGCUUGCGAGCAGAAGUCGAUCCUCGUGUGGGUUUGUAAUCAAAGUUGGGAGCAGCAAUGGCGGACUUCCAGACCUCUACCCAUCGGUCGAGGUGGAUCUUUUCACCUCAGGAAUUGUUGGAGAAGCGUGAGGCUGCUAACCAAAGAGCCGCUAAGUCGCUCGAACAGUUUGGAGUGACACGGUUGGAAGUUCAUCUUGAUGGGUCAGUCUCAUAUGUUGAACCUAUACUUGACCAGAAAGAUAAUGCUGAGCGCUCACUUCCCAAGCCUCUUAACUGUGAAGAGGAACAACAUAUGCGUAUUUUCUAUGAGCAAAAAAUCCAAGAAGUUUGUCUAGCAUUCAAAUUUCCACACAAGAUUCAGGCAACAGCAAUUAUGUACUUUAAAAGAUUCUAUUUGCAGUGGUCUGUAAUGGAGCAUCACCCAAAACAUAUAAUGCUAACUUGCAUAUAUGCUUCCUGCAAAGUAGAAGAAAAUCAUGUAUCAGCUGAGGAACUUGGGAAAGGAAUUCAACAGGAUCAUCAGAUUAUUCUCAAUAAUGAGAUGGUUGUUUAUCAGAGUCUUGGUUUUGAUUUAAUUGUAUAUGCUCCGUAUCGGUCAGUUGAAGGUUUCAAUGAGGACAUGCAGGAGUUUUGUCAUGCAAGGGAUGAAGAGCAGGAGAAGUUCAAGAACUUCCUGCAAACUGCUAAUGCAGAGGUAGACAGGAUAAUGCUGACUGAUGCACCUCUUCUCUAUCCUCCUGGGCAGUUGUCACUGGCUUCCUUGCAUAGGGCAAAUGAGGUGCACGGAGUCCUCGAUUUUGAAAGAUAUUUGAAUAUCCUACUGUCUCGACAGCACUCUGCGUACUCUACUUCUCAGCUAUUUGAAUCUUUGAAGUCCAUUGAUACAUUGGUAGGUAAACUUAACAUACCAACAGCGAAGGACAUGAGGCACAUUGAUCGGAAACUGAAAAGCUGCUGGGAUCCAAGCUCUCAAGACGAAAACAAGAAGCGUGAGAAAAGAUCGAAGCACAAAUCAAAAAGAACAGCAAGCGAGAUGCAAGGAGCACGUGCAUAAAUGUACAUCCCAUCCAAUUAUCUAGAGUCAGAGUCCACAGGUAGCAAGUUCUGCACUGCAGUGGAGGAUGUGCACAAUAUUGCAUCCAACAUCCUGAGUUAUUAUGAACCAUGGUCCCUACCUCUGUUUGGUGCAAUUUUUUGUGGGCCAUUUUCGGAUAUCAAUUGUGAUUGAUUAUUGAGUCAUUGUUUUGGUUCAAGUACUUGAGGUGUUGAGUCAUUUUGUGGGCACGUAUUUUAUCGAGCCAGAUGGAACCAUUUUCUCUUACAUCACAUUUGUUUCUCAGGUUCAUUCGACUUUGGCCAAUUUGAGGGAAAAAAAACUUUUGGCCUUGUUA